AUGAAAGAUAUUACAAAGAUAACGAAACCCGCCAUAGCUAAAUCUCCUCGUAAAGCUAAACCCAAGUUGUUAUACGAAGAUAACCUCCAACAUGUUCAAAUUCUGAAAUCUUUACCCAAAGCUUUUAUUGAGUUUCAUAAACCCCAUUUCAUUAAAGGUGUGAAUCAUAUCUUAAAGGUAGACCCCAGUCUUUAUCCUGUAAUAGUCAAUGAAAACUUCAAACACUUUGAGAACGAUGAAGAUAACAGUAUCAAGUCCCAGGUGGUGGUAGAUGAGACAGAAACCAUCAGAAAGUACUGGCUUAGUUUAAUUUCCAGUAUUAUAUCCCAACAGAUCAGUGGAUCUGCUGCUAAAUCUAUCUAUGGAAGAUUCGAGGCACUUUUCAAAGAAUCUCCCAACCCCAAAGAGCUUUUAGAGAUGCUGACGGAGGACCUUAGAGCUGUGGGGUUGAGUUCAAUGAAAGUUAAGUACGUUAUUGAUAUUUCAGAGAAUUUUGGUAAUCCUGAAAACCCUCUUACUUCCAUCAAGUUCUACCAGGAAUCAUCAUUGGAUGAAAUAGUAACCGAAUUGGUGAAAUUGAAAGGUGUGGGAGAAUGGAGUGCUAAAAUGUUUGCUCUUUUCACCCUCAAGGAGUGGGAUGUUUUCGCUGAGACUGACUUGGGAGUUGCCAGAGGUGCUUCCAAUUACUUAUCGAAACGUCCAGAAUUAUUGAAGGACAUCAAACAAGGGAUUUCUCAACAUGAGGAUUUAGUGCUGAUGAUGAAGAAAAAGGGGAAAUUUUCUAACGGAGGAAGUAAGAGAGAUUGGAUUGCUUAUCAUGAAGCGUAUUAUUUGUAUUUAUCUUUAAAGUUUGCUCCCUAUAGAUCGAUCUUAACAUUACUUUUUUGGCGACUUUCGGCUACCAAUGUGGAGGUCUUAGAAAACGAUUAA